AUGCAGCAUGAUGCCGAGAGAGACCUGGUCAAAGUGAAUUAUAUCAGUGGCUUUGCUGAUCUCGCGAAGUUCAUCUCUAGCGAUGCUGAUGGAGAUACUGCCAUUUUCCGACGCUUUGAGACUUUGGCGGCGCGGAAUCUGCUGUAUCUACAGAGCGAACUCGCAGUGCUCGAGGAAAUCCAGGAUAAAUACGAUAGGGAAGACGAUAAAGAUGCCCUCGAUGCAGGUGCAGACUGGUCGACUUUGAGGCCUUGCGGGAAAGACUGGGAAUCCUUUCAACGAGAGGCACAGGCGGACAGUUCUUGUGUCGGAGAUCGAUACAAGAGACGCAUGGACCUUGUCCAACAAAUUCGAGGGAAGUUGAAGGAAUACAGGGAAGCGCUUCUGAUGGAGUCAACGAUGCUUUCAUUGAGGAGACCAUCAAAGCAGACACACGACGCUUUUCUGCGAUCUUUCUGGAACGAGCGAGGUGGUCAACGUCAUGAGCCAGCACUGACGGGACCAAGUGAGAGGCUAUAUGGGACCCGGGAGGGAUUGCUGGCUUUGAGGAGAGAUCACGAAGACCGACUGACUGUCUUUCUCCGGAGUCAUUGCGCUCGCUUGUUCAAAGUCCGUGGCAAUGUCUCUUCGCCCUCGAAUGUCGAAUACUUUUCAGCCACGAGGAUAGCUCAGGCCGCGAACGCAAUCACGGUCCUUUUGGCAGCGACGCUCUUGUUUGGGGCGAUAUACAAUCUGUAUUAUGUGAAACGGCACCAGGUGAAACUCGGAUUGAUCGUGUUGUACACCCUCGGCUUCGCUUUGAGCAUCAGCCUGAUAUCGAAUGCUCGAAGGGCAGAGAUUUUCGGCGCUUGUGCGGCAUAUGCAGCGGUGCUGGUGGUGUUUGUCAGUGGAAACUUGGGAAAUACCAGCGGCAAUGCGUCCUGA